UGUGUGUGUACUUGUACGACGACAACAACAAUUCAUGUAUAAAUAUUUUUUGGUCUCUUUUUUUUGGGGUUAGGAUAUUGUUACGUUGAUUGUAGUAAUGCAAUUUGCAUUAUCAAUAUAACAAUAAUAAAAUGUUAUUAACAAAUACAUUAUUAAAAAAUGGAUCACGUUUAUUCAAUCGUCAAUUUAGAGUUUUUUAUUGUACUCAAAGAAAUCAAUUAUUGAAUAAUUGUUUGAUUAAAGAAAAUCAUUUAUUAAAAACAAAACAACAAAUGACAAAAUUGUUUAUUCAAAGAUGUUAUUCAAAUGAAAAUAAUCAAGAUAAACAAGAUGAAAAUAAACAAGAACAAAAACCAGUUCGUUUACCACCACUGGUAGAUAAUCAAAUUCAUUUAAUGCCAAAUUUUUUUGUUGCAUUAAAAAGUUCAUAUUAUUUACAUGGUGUUAUUGGUACCAGCUUGGAUAAAGAAUUUUCAAUGUAUGAUUUUGUUGAAGCUACAAAACAGGCUGCUGAAGUUGUGUCUGAGUAUUUAUCACAAGAAAAUUAUGAAGCACUUGAAGGUCUAUUGUCAAACAAAGCAAUCCAAGAUUUACGUCAUAAAAUAUCAAGAUUAUCACCAGAACAAAAAAAAUUAAUUCCCAUUGAUAAACGAGAUAUUUAUGGAUAUUUUCCAUAUAGAAUUGAAGUUGUAUAUGAAGGAGAAGGAGAAAAUCAAAGGAAAUUUGCAGAAAUAACAGAAGUCUUUUAUAUUUUAAAAGGGCUACAUGAACUUCAAAAACGUGAUGUUAUGCCACCACUUACAAUGGGGCUAAUGCCAGAAUAUCAAGAAAAAAUAUACGUUUGUAAUCUUAAAUUCAGACGUGAUUAUACUGAUGGUAAUGAUGCUCCUUGGAUAAUUGAAAUGUACAAUCAAUUUACUCUAAUUGCAAUGGAUACUUAAAUUUGUAAGAAAAAAAUCCAAAAAUUUACAUUGUAAAAAGAG